AUGAAGUUCUUCAGCACCGUCCUCGCCUUCUCGGCCCUCGCUGGCGUCACCCUCGCCGGCCCCCAGCGACCAGGAGGCUUCGGACGUCCGUCGGCACCUAUUCACACGUUCGAGCCCCAGAGCAGCGACAGCGCGGCCUCCAACUCGAGCCCCAGCUAUGGCGGCGACAGCGGCAACAGCAGCAGCAGCGGUGGCAGCAGCGGCGGCGGCGGCGGCGACGACAGCCACGACGCGUCCACCACUGCCGCAGCCGCCACCACGACCGCGGCAGCAUACCAGGCCGCGGGCGCCGCAACGACCACGACCACGACCACCACCGCCGCGUCGAGCGUGAUCUGCCUGAGCACCGCGGCGGCGAGCAGCGUGGUCAACGGGUUCGCCUCGCUGCUGACGGCAUACAGCAACGCGACGGCCAACUCGCUGCUGGCCUCGGACUUCUCGGACACGUCGGACUCGAUCAACUUCCUGGCGGGCAACCCGCUGGGCAGCGUGACGUUCCCGAGCAAGCUGGCGUUCGAGCAGGGCCAGGGCACGCAGCCAGCCAUCGGGUUCAACCUGCUCAACAUCGACGCCAUCACCUGCACCGUCAUCGCGUUCCGCUGGGAGGCCAUCCUGGGCAGCGGCAGCCCCGUCAAGGGCAUCAACAUCCUCUACACCGAGAACCCCACGGGCACCGAGGACGGCUGGCAGAUCCAGAGCGUCUUCUCCGAGUUCAACUCGGCCGUCUGGACCAUCGAGAUCGGCGGCACCUGCGUGCCCCCUUCGCAGGGCCGGCGAUUCCUCCACUAGACGGCCUCUGAAAGUCGCCGUGUGGCAUGGACGGUGAACGAUCGAUUUUGUACUGAAUUGAGAUGGGUUGCUGAAGAAGAGGAGAGGCGAGACGAGGCACGGUGAAGAUGGGAAUUUUAUGUGCGUGUGUUAAAGUACCAAAACUGGACAAGGAGUUAGGCUUGGGAUUGAAUCAGAUUGGAUUGGGACUGGGCGUUAGGGGAUCAAGAUCCGGAUUUC